AUGCAAACUGCUCAUCCGCCCCCUCACUAUUGCGUCUCACGCCGUCUGGUUGAAGAUCCUGCUGCGGAAGAGGAUGAUCAUGAUAUCGACGAAGUUUCUUCUCUUGUGAUCACGCCGCGAAAGCGUCGUAUCACUGCUUCUGCGUCUUCUUCCAAGGAGGCUACAUCGCCUGCAUCCAAGAAGCCGCGUGCAACUGUUCCUACUCCUGCAACUCCGGAGACUUCAGUUUGCGCUAAGUCAAUCUUAUCUUCUGCAAGAAAGACUCAGAAGAUUCAAUCUCCUCUUUUCGUGGUUUCCUCUUCUUCUCCCGGUCCGAAAGGACCUGUCCGCGCUGCUGAUGUCAAGCGGCCACUUUCUCCGGUGGAGUCUCAUCUAGCCCACGAUCAUGCACGGGUCGAGGCAGUUCUGAAAGAGCACAACAUUAUCAAGCCUGAUGAGAGUGAAGCUGAGUCGGAGGUGAAUCCUUUCGCGCUCGAUCCUGUUGAGGCUGCGCCUCAAGUGGUUAUUCCACCUGCGAAGGAUGAUCGUUACAAGAAAAAGUCUGCUCUUGAGGAGGAACUUGGAGAGUUCAUAUUUGAGUAA